AGAAGCCCCCCGUGGUGUGCCAGCUGACAUCUCCGUCGCACUAUGCCACGUGGUCACAACAGCAAGUAUCUGUCCAAAAUCAACGGCUUCCCCCGGCAAAUAUGUGCGACUACGUCAUACUGGACUUACCGCAGUUUCCGGAUGGGUCAUACGAGUACGGGUCUUACGAGUUCUUGAGUCGAAGCCGCAGCUCGGGCUACAGGCUGCUUCUCACUGUCAACAUGGAUGCGGCGAACGUUGGCAACAACCUGGUGGCCCUCAAUUCGCCAGAUUUCAGCCAAAGUACCCAAAGGAUUCAGCACACGCUGGGGCUGUUCGGCUACGGCACCCUCCGCGGUUGGCCGGUUCCACGUACCACGACGGAGUUAUCCGCAGCCCAAGCUGUGCUGAACGUUAUCUACGAGCGAUUGGCCCAGGUCCUCAACGGCAGCGGCGUACAUGAGAGCAGCAUCGCCAACUUCUUCGGCUUCAAGCCGCGUGUCACAACGUCGCAAUGGAAGGAUUACGCCAGCUUCGUGUCGAUGCUAAACGGACUCAACAAACUAAGCUUGGUGAUUAUGCUGACCAUAUCAGACGAACACCAGCUGGAAGUCGCGUCAUCUUCAGCCUGGAACCGUAUCUGCCAACCUGUGCCGAACGCGCCAAAAAUGUCCACUGCAGUCGAUCUGAUUGCCAACGUCUCCCAUCCAAAGGUUAACUUCACCUUGACGAUCAGCCUGCGCCUCGACAUUUUCCGGCAAGUCAGCCUGGCAGCUCUGAACAGCCGCUCUCUGCGCAGAAUAGUGUCCACGGGGCACGACGCCGUCUUUUUCAGUACUCAAUGCGAACAGCAGCUGUUCGCCCGUGACCCGACGGGGUUAUCAAUACUGGACAUUGGAAAUGGUAGCUGCGCGUUCGCCUGGGGCCCAAGCCAAGUGUUCGAGGUCAUCACCUUCGAAACGCCCAAGACUGUACGAAGCAAGAUGGUUGCCACCUACCGGCACCUGGGCUACGCGAAGACCGACACGCACGUCAUUGGCUGGACUGUGUACAACGUGACGCUCGGCCUGGCGCCAAAUGUAUGCAACGGAGACUCCAGCCGCUUCAACGAGAUCCGCAAGAUCGUGGACGAAAACAAGUGAGACGGGGUGCAUCGACUCAACCAGACAGGCUAGGCAUGCCUCAAGAUAUUGUUAUACCCGGAACAAACUUAUAUCUGCGAUGGGACCGCGUGUUUUCCCGUCUAAAGACU